CCCCUGUAUAAAACCACCACUGGUUGCCCCGCCCUCUCCACCCAGUCACCACUGCUCCAUCACACACUAGCCAGUAGCUACUUCCCUCCCUCGCCUCACUUCCCGAACCACUAGCUAACUACUGCCCACCACUCCUCCUUCGUGCCAGAGGGAAUCAGCAACGCACGUUCUUGCGUGUGUCAGAUCGGCGUACGUGCGUGCAUGGCGGUGGACGCGGUUCGCGACGCGGCGGCGAUGCCAUCGCCGGCGGUGAGCGAGGAGGAGGAGGGGCAGCUGCGGUGCGACGAGGGGUGGGGCAAGCGGAGGCGCCCGAGGCGGCAGCGGCAGCGCGCGCCCAGCGAGGAGGAGCACCUCGCGCUCAGCCUCCUCAUGCUGGCGCGCGGUCACCGCGACCGGCACCUGCUUGGCUCGUCCGAGCCGGCGCAGGAGCACCGCUGCUCCGUGUGCGGCAAGGCCUUCUCGUCCUACCAGGCCCUGGGCGGGCACAAGGCGAGCCACCGUCCGAAGCCGGCGCCCGCCGGCGCGGACGAGCCCGCUGCCACGACGGCAGCCUCGCCCGCCGCGUCCUCGUCAACGACGUCCAGCGGCGCGGGUGCGGGCGCGGGCGGAGGUGGCAAGGUGCACGAGUGCUCCGUGUGCAAGAAGACCUUCCCGACUGGGCAGGCGCUGGGCGGGCACAAGCGGUGCCACUACGAGGGCCCCAUCGGCGCCUCCGCGGUCGCGAGCCGAGGGUUCGACCUGAACCUGCCGGCGAUGCCGGACAUCGUCACCGAGCGCGAGCGGUGCAUGCCGGCGCCGGCCGACGAGGAGGAGGUGCUCAGCCCGCUGGCGUUCAAGAAGCCGAGGCUAAUGAUCCCGGCAUAGUUUAAAUCAUCAAAGAAUUUUUCAAUCAUCAACCAGUUGAUGAGUGAAUCGCGUGUCCCGUCCCGUCGGUGUGUAUUCUUUUGGAUUGCUUAUGCUCGGCUGGUUGGUGAUACGUACACACGUACCUCCUGCCUGUCAGCCAGUGGAGUGUAGAGGUCGAUCGAGCCGGCCAUCGAUUGGUGUAGUACAUAUCUUGCUAUAUUUUCCAUAUAGUACGUACUAGUACUGUAUCUCAGUAGAUCGGUUCUUUCAUUGAUUAAUUUGUUCGGUGUGAGCAUCAUAAUUGAACGAGAUUGAUAUGGUA